ACACCAAGCCAACAACAACACAACAACACCCAACAACCAACACGUCCACCAUUUCCGUUUCCUCUCCUUGUUGACUCUGCCUGCUUCCUGCUCUGGUCUCCGGGGCCAAGUACGAUGGUAUGUUCAAGCUGAUCGAGCGGAAGAGAAGAACGCCGUGCCGUGACUAUUCCGUCGAGCACAAAGGCCUUUGAAAUGGUGAUUCGGAGUCAGAGCGAGUCACGCUACAUGAUCAGUCUUCGCAUCGGAAACUCACUGAGAGCAGACAUGAAGGUCACCAACAACAACAAUAGUGGGGGUCAUGAUACAGUCCACUUUGGGGAUGUAAUGAGCACAAUGAUGAUGCCACCCGAAAAUAUUUUCAAGUUGGAGCAAUUCCUCACGGCUAACUUGCCCAAGAUGAACGAAAUUUAUUUGACGGACCAAGACGACAAAUUGAUCGUGGAAGGACCCACGAGACUCGUAUUUACAAGGGAGCUGACCAAGGAGUAAAUAGUACCGUGGAGACGCUUUAUCCAAGAGAAUGAGGAUCAAAACACACAUUGUGGUUUUGGGAGGGAGAGAAAUCAACUUAACAGGGCGCCAUGCUGAAAUUCUGCAAAGCGUAAUCUAGCUAGCUAGAUAGCCAGCUAGCUAGACUAGCUCAACGUGACAAUUAUUUUAAAAAAGAGAUUUCAUAAUUCGGUUGCUGCCCCAACAUAUAGCUAUUCUAGCCGCAAGCCCCGGACUGCUAC